AUGGAAAUCCGUGCCAAUUCUGUACUUAUCCCCCCACAAACAACAACUUAUUAUUGCAGCAUUAUUGAAUUGCCUCCACAAUUAAAGCAAACAAAACAUCACGCAAUUAAGUAUGAAGCAGUAAUAACUCCUGGAAAUAAACAGUUUGUUCAUCAUUUUGAAGUGUUUCAUUGUCAAACCCCUACAAGACCUUUUGCUGGCGAUUGCUCCACUGCAAAACCUACAGAGGCUAAGAGUUGUUCUAAAGUUUUGGCUGCUUGGUCUAUGGGGGCGAAUCCUGUCGUCUUUCCCCCACAAGCAGGAAUGCCGUUGGGAGGUCCUGGCUUCAUCCCUUUUUUAAUGGUGGAAAUUCACUACAACAAUCCUGCACUUCUCUCUGGCUAUACUGACAGUUCUGGACUUAAAAUAACCUUCACAAAGCAUUUGAGACCUUUUGAUGCUGGAAUAAUGGAGUUGGGGCUGAUAUAUUCUGAUGCAAACUCUAUCCCGCCAAUGCAAAAAGCAUGGCCGCUUACAGGCUAUUGUCCUAAUGAGUGUACUGAAAAGGCAAAAUAUAAUUUUUAA